AUGGCGAAAAAGACAGAUGCUUCCUCUCCAGAGCAUGUCUCUGGACAGUCCAACUCGCCUCUCUCGAACCCUGCACACGCUUUGAGCUGGCAGGAUGUGCUUAAAGAACUAGGGACCGAUGCCUUGAACGGCCUUGACUCGGCCGAGGCUGAAACUCGGGAGAAACAAUUCGGUCCCAAUGAGCUCGAGGGUGCCAAGGGGGUGCAGCCCAUCAAAAUUAUCAUUGCUCAGAUCGCAAAUGCCAUGACCUUGGUUCUCAUCCUUGCCAUGGCCGUCAGCUUCGGGAUCAAAUCAUGGAUUGAGGGCGGCGUCAUUGCCGCUGUUGUUCUCUUGAAUGUUGUUGUCGGGUUCUUCCAGGAAUACUCUGCUGAGAAAACCAUGGACUCCCUGCGCUCUCUUAGUUCUCCUACGGCUACCGUUGUACGGUCUGGAACUUCACAGGUUAUCCCCUCUAGCCAAAUUGUCCCCGGUGAUCUUGUAGAGAUCAAGAUGGGAGAUACAAUUCCUGCUGAUAUCAGGCUUGUGGAUGCAAAGAACUUCGAAACUGAUGAAGCUUUGCUUACUGGAGAAUCGCUCCCCGUGCGAAAAACCCAGAACCAAGUCUUCAGUGCGGAAACUGGGCCCGGCGAUCGCCUGAACAUUGCAUACAGCAGCUCCACUGUAUCCAAAGGACGAGCCAAGGGAGUCGUGUUUGCUACAGGGCAGUUCACUGAAAUUGGUGCCAUAGCAUCAGCACUGAACAAGAAGGACUCCAAAGUUCGUCCCGUAAAGCGCAAGCCAGAUGGACAUGCGGGUCCUCACCGAUACCUUGAGGCCUACACAUUGACCUUGGGGGAUGCCAUUGGUCGCUUUCUUGGUGUGAAUGUAGGCACACCCCUACAACGCAAACUAAGCAAGUUGGCCAUGCUCCUCUUUGGUAUUGCUGUCGUCUGUGCCAUCAUUGUUCUGGGAGCAAACAAGUUCAACUCGCAGCAAGAGAUUGUCAUUUAUGCUGUAGCGACAGGGCUAUCCAUGAUCCCGGCCAGCUUGAUUGUCGUUUUGACUAUCACGAUGGCUGCAGGUACUAAACGCAUGGUGGAGCGAAACGUCGUGGUCCGUAACCUCAAGUCACUCGAGGCACUCGGCGCCGUGACCGAUAUCUGCAGCGACAAGACUGGUACAUUGACUCAGGGCAAGAUGGUUGCACGUGCCGCUUGGAUUCCCGGCAAGGGAACCUAUACUGUCGAAGCCUCUGAUGAGCCGCUAAAUCCAACGGCCGGCAACAUCGUCUUUGACUCGCGUAACCCAUGCGAUAUCAACCUCAAGGCGUUGAAAGAAGACUCGUCUGGCGGUGUCAAAGUCGAGCCAAAGAAGCUUCUCGAUGACAGCACUGCUAAUUUACAAGACUUCUUGUCGGUUGCUUCUCUAGCUAAUCUCGCAACAGUCCAUGAAAGUCAAGGCACGUGGCAUGGUCGCGGUGAUCCAACGGAAAUUGCCAUUCAAGUUUUUGCAAGCCGAUUCGCUCGCAACAGAUUGGAUUUGGUAGGCGAGGGUGCGGAGUGGUCCGACGUGGCUGAAUUGCCUUUUGACAGUGAUGUCAAGCGAAUGAGUGUUGUUAUGAAGAAUUCUAGCACUGGACAAACUUGGGCUUUCACCAAAGGCGCGGUUGAGCGAGUGAUCGGCGCUUGCACGAGAUACCGAUACCGCGAUGCUUUUGAUUCCUCGGCAUAUCGCGACAUGACUGAGGACUACCGCAAAGAGAUACUCAAAAAUAUGGAGUCUCUUGCUAGUAUGGGACUUCGUGUGCUUGCACUAGCUAGUCGCCAGAUCGAUUCGGAUUUGCAGGUUGGUGCGGACGUUGACCGAGCGCUGAUUGAAAAAGACCUCAUUUUCCGUGGUCUGGUAGGUCUGUAUGAUCCGCCACGACCAGAAUCGGCACCUGCAGUAAGGAGCUGCCACGAGGCGGGAAUAAGCGUGCACAUGCUUACGGGUGACCACCAUGAGACUGCCAAGGCGAUCGCGAUUGAAGUUGGCAUUUUGCCAUUGCACAUGGAACGAGUCAGUGCUGACAUUGCAGCGUCCAUGGUUAUGACGGCAACACAAUUCGAUGCCUUGUCCAACGACGAAAUUGACGCGCUUCCUGUACUCCCUUUGGUAAUUGCCCGUUGUGCUCCAAGCACCAAGGUGCGCAUGAUUGAAGCACUACACAGGCGCAAACGAUUUUGUGCUAUGACUGGCGACGGCGUCAAUGAUUCGCCCUCCCUUCGCCAUGCCGACGUAGGUAUCGCAAUGGGUGAGUCUGGCUCUGACGUUGCCAAGGAUGCAUCCGACAUUGUCCUCAUGGACGACAACUUUGCCUCGAUCGUUGCCGCCAUCGAAGAAGGCCGCCGCAUAUUUGAUAAUAUCCAGAAAUUUGUGCUCCACGUUCUGGCAGAGAAUAUCGCGCAGGCCGGUACACUUCUCGUUGGACUUGCCUUCAAGGAUGCCCGUGGACUGUCCGUAUUCCCUCUUGCGCCCGUGGAGAUUAUUUGGAUCAUCAUGGUAACAUCUGGAAUGCCGGACAUGGGCCUUGGAUUUGAACGCGCCGUUCCUGGAAUCAUGCAACGGCCGCCGCAGAGCCUCAAGACUGGCGUGUUCACUCCCGAGUUCCUCAUUGACAUGGUCGUUUACGGGCUCUGGAUCGCAGCACUCUGCCUCGCCACGUUUUCUCUUGUCGUCUUUGGCUUUGGCAAUGGAGACCUGGGCGAAGGCUGCAACGAGACCUACUCUGAAGUAUGCGACACGGUUUAUCGCGCCCGUGCGACGACUUUCGCGACUCUCACAUGGUUUGCGCUGUUCCUGGCCUGGGAAAUGAUUGAUAUGCGGCGGUCAUUCUUCCGUAUGCAGCCUGGUAGUAAGAAAUACCUUACUCAGUGGAUGCAUGACGUCUGGCGCAACAAGUUCUUGUUCUGGGCCAUCAUUUUCGGCUUUGUGACGCUGUUCCCGGCGCUAUACAUUCCCGUCUUGAAUCAUGCCGUCUUCAAGCAUACCGGUAUUAGCUGGGAAUGGGCCAUCGUUUUCAUAGCAGCAGGUCUGUUCUUUCUCGGAGUUGAGACCUGGAAAUGGGGUAAGCGUGUUUAUUUCCGUCGCGCGGCCAAAGCGUCACAGGGAGCAGCUUGGAAGGAUAUGGAUGUUGAAGAUCGCGUCUUUGGUGAGUACCUCAGCGGCGAAAGCUUCCAAAGAGAUGAUGAGGAAAAGGCGAAUGCUACAUCUCGGUAA